AAAAAAUAAUAGUUUUGUAAUCUCAAUAUUUAUUUUGGGGUAUUAUUGGAGUUUAUACUAUCAAAAAAUAAUAAAAAAGAUAUUUACAUAAAAAAUAAUAAUAAUACAAUAAUCAAACAACAACAACAAUAGCAAAAAUAAAACCAAUUAAAAAAUUAAUUAAAGAAAUAAAACAAAAGAACCAGACUUAAUCAUUAUUUGUUUUAUUUUUAUUUAUUUUUUUUGUAUUUUUAUUUUAAAUUAAUGAAAUUUAAAAAAAUAAAAUAAAUAAAUAAAUUUAGUUUUUUUUUUAUUGUUUAAAUUUAGUUUUAUGUUGUUAUAUUUUAAAUAGUAUAGCAAUAAUAAUAGUUUCUUAAAAUGAAAUUGUUUUAUAUUGGUAUUUUAUUAUUAGGAUUAAUAAUUAAUACAUUUGCAAAUGUACAAGAAGGAAAGGUAAAAAUACAUUUAGUUUGCCAUUCACAUUGUGACUCUGGUUGGACAUCAACUUUUGAAGAAUAUUAUGCAGGACAAGUAAGAAGUAUUAUUUCAACAAUGGUUACAGCAUUAAAUAAAGAAACUAAUCCACCAAGAAAAUUUGUUUGGUCAGAAAUAGGAUUUUUAGAAAGAUGGUGGGAUGUUGUUCCUCAAAAUUUAAAAGAUGAUUUUACAAGACAUGUUAAAGAUGAUAGAAUCGAAUUCAUCAAUGGUGGUUGGGUAAUGAAUGACGAGGCCUGUCCAAGUAUCGAUAGUGUAAUUAGACAGCUUUCAAAUGGUCAUAAAUUUAUUCAAGAGCAUUUUGGAAAGAAACCUGAAAAUGGGUGGCAAAUCGACCCCUUUGGACAUUCAUCUUUUACUCCAACAAUUCAAGCACAAAUGGGUUAUAAACAUGUCGUUUUAAACCGUAUUCAUUAUACCUUAAAGAAUAAAUUCAAACAGGAUAAAAAUUUACAAUUCCUUUGGAGAGGUAGUCCAGAAGGUUUAGGUCCAAAAUCAGAUAUACUUGCUCAUGUAUUUGAUGAUUUUUAUACCAGCCCACCACAUUUAAACUUUGAUGGUUAUAAUUUCCAAUCAUAUGGCCUUCCAAGACUCUGCAGUGAACUAGCUCAAUUAGGUGUAAACCGUAGUGCAUUUUAUCAAUCACCACAUGUUCUCAUCCCAAUUGGUGGUGAUUUCAAUUACAGAAAUGCUGAAAGAGCAUAUGACCAAAUGGAUAAGGUAGUUCAAUGUGUAAAUGAAAAGUUUAAUUCGGGUCAAUCAAAUGUAGAGGUUGUUUAUUCGACAUUAAAAGAAUUUUUCAAUGAAACAGUUCAAUGGCAUAACGAAAACAAAGUUAAGUUCAACUACUAUGAUAGUGAUUUCUUCCCCUAUGCCGACGAUGCCAAUACCUACUGGACUGGAUACUAUACAUCAAGACCAUUAUUAAAGGGUUAUGAAAGAUUUGUAUCUUCAAAAUUAAGAGCUGCUGAAAUUUUUUCAUCAUUCCAAAAUGUUGAAAACUUUUAUAAUCAACUUUUAAAUGCAUCUAAACAAGUUUCGAUUAUCCAACAUCACGAUGCCAUUACUGGAACCAGUAAGAAACAUGUUGUACAAGAUUAUAUAACAAGAUUAUCUAAAGCAGACGAUAUUGUUUCGAGUGCCUCAGCCAAGUCAGUUGCAAAUUCAUUAAAUCCAAAGAAUCCAGAUACACUUUCUAUUGUUGAUCUUUCCAAACCACUUGUUUUUAAUACCGACCAACAACAAGUCCCAUUUGUAAUAAUGAACUCCUUAUCAUGGGAUAAAAACGAAUUAGUUACUGUUAAAGUUCAAACAAAUGAUCCUAAUGCAAAUGGAGGUAGUAUUUGCCCAUAUGUUUUAGCAGAAGAAAAUUCAAAUUUUGUUAUUGAAAUGGACUGUAGCCCACGUUCAGAUUAUAAUCUUGAAAAUAAUAUUGAAUAUAUUCAAAUAGAUUUCCCAAUAGAAAUCAAACCAUUUAGCUCAAAGAAAUACAUACUCAGAAGAAAUGUUGAAGGAAAUACACUAUCAAAUUGGGUUCGUCCAACAACCACAAUCAUUCCAAGUAUUCAAAAUCAUUUAUUCAAAAUUAAUUUAAAUGAAAGAUAUUUUGCCAAAAGCUGUUUUAACUUUAAAGAAAACUCUCUUCAAAAUUUAAAUCAAGAGUUGCUUACUUAUUCCGAUAUUGGUGGUGCCUAUAUUUUUAGAACCUCAAAGAAAAUCUUUGAGCCAGAGAGAAGGGUUUAUUCUUCCAUUGCAUAUAUUGGUAAAUUUUAUCAAGAAGCCCAAUCAGUAAUUCAAGAUAGAGUCGAAAACAGAGGAAUGUAUGGUGUAAAUUAUGGUUUGACAACUUCACUCACAUUCAAUACCAUUCGUUUAUUAAAUACUGGUAAUGAACAAUUAGAUUCAAAGAUUCAAUUCACUUUACAUGUAAAAGGUGUAAAUGGUACUACAACUGUUAAUAAAUUUUCAACAGAUAUAGAUAACAAUCGUGAUAUAUAUAGUGAUAAUGGUUUAGAAUUAAUUUAUCGUCCAUCAGAUACAACUGAACCACCAGCCAUUGGUAAAGAAACUCAAUCAUAUUACCCAUCAAAUCACAUCUCAUUAAUUAAAUCAAAGAAAACCGGUCUUAAUUUCGUUUGUAACCAUGAUCGUACAAGAGGUAUUUCAAGUCAAUGUAAUGGAUGUUUAGAAUUUGCAAUUCACCGUUCACUCACAUGGGAGGAUAGUAAAGGUUUAGAGGUACCAGCCAUUGAUGAAUCACCCAUCAACGCACAUUUUGAAUGCUAUUUCACACAUGAUCAUUCAGAUGAUGUCAGAGUUUCAUCAUUAAACUAUGACCAUAAAAUAGCCAUCUACCAAGGUGUAAAUGAGGAAAAAUUAAGAUCUGUUUCAUUCCUUAAUAAAAAAUUACCAAAUUAUAUUCAUAUCCUCACCCUCGAAAGACCAACCAGCAAAUCUAUCAAAUUUAGAGUUCAAAAUCUUCAAGAACCAGGCAAUAGUCCAAUACAAAUCGAUUUGAAUGGAUUAUUCACUUUUAUAAAGAAAAUCAAAUCAGUAAAAGAAUACAACCUUUCAUUAGUUAAUCCAUUCGAAGAUAAUAAUAUUGAUAAUAUUCAAACCUCAUAUAAAAGUAUAGUUGGUGGAAAAAUUCAUCCAGUUGUCGAUGAACCAAAAAGAUAUAACCCAAUGGAUACUAAAAAUGCAAAAUUACAAUUAAACCCAUUAGAAAUUAAAGCCAUUGAAAUUAAAUUUUAAAUAAAUUUAACUUUAUAAAUAAUAUUUUUAUUUUUAAAAAAAAAAAAAAAAAAGAUAUUAA